AUGGUCAACUGGCUCUAUCAGAUGGUCUUAAAACCCAGGUUUCUUCACGCGGUGGUUGUUUGGUGGUCUAGGACUCAACUGAUAACGGUUAAAGAGAAACUAGACCAACUGCAAGCAAUGAUUUUCAGGGGUAUUACGGGAGCUAUGAGAACCACGCCAACAGCUGCGUUGGGAUUCAUGCUAGCCGAGGUACCUCUGCAUAUUGCCGCGGUGAAAAAGGCGGCUCUUACUAUGAUCAGGUUAACCGCACAGGGAAGGUGGAAGGUUGGUGGUAUACACACCAAGCUUCCACGCUCAAUUCUAUCAAUUCCAGAAUUAAGUAUGGUGCAAGUUAGAAUGAUCAAGAGGGUGAAAUUUAAACUCCGCUUUAAGAUCAUUACACCUUCCAGAAUUGACUGGAAGAAAGGUUUUCAACUUGGGGACGAAGUCUGGUAUACAGACGGCUCCAAGAUGGACUGCGGUGUAGGCUUCGGAAUUUAUCGAAAAACUGUCUGCAUUAAAGUGGCUGCGUCACCAGGACAAUAUGCCACGGUCUGGCAGACAGAGGUCUGCGCGAUUUUAACUUGCGCCCAAAUAUCCAUUCGAAAUGGAACAAAGGGCAAGAGGAUUAGUAUUUGUGUAGAUAGUCAGGCGGCCUUAGGGGCUCUGAAAAAUCCCACAAUAGAAUCAAAACUCGUUUGGGAAUGCCGUAGCGUACUAGAUGAGUUAGGUUCAGCAAAUAAACUUUCAUUGAUUUGGGUACCGGGACACUCGGGAAUCAAGGGUAAUGAAAGAGUAGACGUCUUUGCGAAAAUCGGUUCCGAGACGGAAUUUAUAGGUCCUGAACCAGCAGUGGCAAUAAUGCCUUGCUUGGUUAAGGGAGUCAUAGGAAGAUGGGGUCAAAAAGAGCAUGAGAAGUAUUGA